AUGUCGUUGGAAUCCUUCGCUUUGAAGCACUUCGGUACCGAUGAUCUCGAUGAAGUUCGUAAAGAAUUUGACAGAUACAAAAACAUACUGGAUGCGCCUGGUCCUCCUGAGGAAGAUUGGAGCAGACUCAACUUACCGUACUUUGCACCUGAUCCCUCGUUGCCGCCACUGCCGACAGUCAAUGAUAUCAAAGAACUCGAACGCACAGUCUAUGCCGACUACAUAAAAAACCCUGGGAAUAGAUUCGAGCUGGCCCAUGUCUGGCGUUACAAUCAGGUAUAUGCCAUCAAAUUCUCCCUAAAAAAAAACCUUCUCCAAGAAGCAGAGAACCUACUUUUCCUGCAGGAUCACAAGGUUAGAUCUACAAAGGUGUACGCCAUUUGGUCCGACGACAGCGCGGAUUUGUGUAGAUGGCAUUCCAUUGCCCGGGGACGCAGGCUCUACUUCCUCGUUACCGACUGGGUUGAUGGGAUAGCCUUGGAUGAAGUCAAGUGGAAAGGCUUCGACAGGGAAACAAGGACAAAGCUUUGCCAUAAGAUAGGUGAGCAACUCAGGCUAUUGCGAUCGGUCCCACCUCCACAUCCAUCUUAUUAUGGCCGAAUACACAACCAACCAUUUAGGCCUUUAACUGUGUUUUCAGGGUAUACAGGAGCAGUUGGGCCAUUCCAAACCUACGAAGAUUUCCUUCGCCAAGUCAUGGAUGGCCUGGAGAUUCAUGCCCUCCAUCGACACAUUACGAACCCCGAGUUCAGGUACUUUCCCCUUUUGGACCUUCUUCGAUCUGUGUUCAACGACUCUCUAAACUCCUGCUCAAAAGCUAGAGAGUCAAAACUCUCACACAUGGAUCUUAACAUCACAAACGUUAUGCUCAAACGACCAACCUCAGAUUCUUCCAUCUCUAAGGAUGUUGAAGACUGGGACGUCCAAAUGAUUGACUUUGAGUGGUUGGCCUGGCUACCUGCAUGGGCAGAAACGGCAGUAGUAAUGGACCGAUUUCCACAAUUCGAAGAUGAGUUUGAGGACAAUGGGCUGUAUGAUAUAUCUGGGGGACUUCAGCCGUUCUGCUUUGCGGAAGCAAGUUUCAUCAAUAUAUGUCUCGGUCACUUUGGUGCACAAGGAGCCCUCUGA